GCGGGGGCGGGGCAACCUCCAGCGGACAACCACGCGUGUCCUUACUUCACAAAUUGUGCCACAAUGAGCCGCUAGUCGAAGAGAAGCGUCGGCUCGGCACGCCGCGCGUUGCACUCGGCACUCGGCGAGACGCACGGCCACCAUGAACGACCCGGAGCGCGAACAGCGUGACAACGCCACCUGCGUGGUGCUGCUCAACAACACCGUGCCGCCGCCCGGGCUAUACUGCCCGGGCACGUUCGAUACGUGGGCGUGCUGGCCGCCGACGCGCGCGGGCGCCGUGGCGCGUGUGCCGUGCCCCGGUUUCGUGCCCGGCUUCAGCACCGACCUGUUGGCGCAUAAGCAGUGCACGAGCAACGGCACGUGGUGGCUGCACCCCAACACCGGCAAGCCGUGGUCCAACUACACCACCUGCAUCAAGCCCGAGGAUGACAUGAGCGACAUCAUCGCGGUCUACGAGGCUGGGUACUCCGUCUCGCUCGUCGCGCUGCUCCUCUCGCUAGCCAUCCUCGCCUACUUCAGGAGCCUGCGGUGCGCGCGCAUAACGGUGCACAUGAACCUGUUCGCUUCGUUUGCGCUCAACAACGUGCUGUGGCUGCUGUGGUACGAGCUGGUGGUGGGCGCGCCCGCCACGCUGGCCGCGUCACCGGCCUGGUGUCGCGCGCUGAACGCCGCUCUGCAAUACGCGCUGCUGACCAACUACACGUGGAUGCUGUGCGAGGGGCUCUACUUGCACACAGUGCUGGUGGCGGCCUUCGUGUCCGAGCGCCGCCUGCUGCGCGCGCUGCUGGCGCUCGGCUGGUUGCUGCCGCUGCCCUCCGCUAUCAUCUACGCAGCGCGCCGCGCCGCCGCCGACGACCCCAUGUGCUGGUCGGACGAUGGCGCACCGCCGCUCGAGCUGGCCGUGCUCGUUUGCGUGGCCGUACUCCUCAACCUCGGCUUUCUGUGCAACAUCGUGCGUGUGCUGUGCACAAAGCUGCGCGCGGGCGGCGGUGCGGGCGGUGCGGCGGCAGGCGCGGCACAACCCACGGCCACCGCACUCCACGCACUGCGCGCCACGUGCCUGCUGGCGCCGUUGCUGGGCCUACAGUAUCUGCUGAUGCCGUACAAGCCAGAUCCGAGCGCCAGCUGGUGGCGCCUGUACGAGUACGUGUCCGCGCUGAGCUCCUCGCUGCAGGGGCUGUGCGUGGCCGUGCUGUACUGCUUCUGCAACGGCGAGGUGUUGGCGCAGCUGCGGCGUCGCUGGCGCGUGCUGACGUUCCGCCCGCGCGCCAACUCCACCACCAACACCACAGUCAGCGUGAGUACCCCGAAGCGCGCACGUCUGCUUCGCGCCGCCCGCCCCGAGGCUGACCGUGUGCGUGUGUUGCAGUUCGUGCGGUCGACGGCGCCGGGCGCCGGCGAGGACAAGGUGUGACUGGCGGCGCGCGGCGCGGGGGGCGCUCCCGACGCCACCGAGGACGCCGACGCCGACGCCGACGCCGAGCGCCGCCGCGCCGACUCGCGCCACAUCCGCUUCGAGUGCGUGGACAGCGACGACGACGCGCCGCCGCACACGCGCCUGC